AUGAAUACCCAUGAUAGGAUCAAAAAGAAAUCAGAGUCUUUGGAAGGUUGGCUUACAACUGGCCCAGCAAAAUCAGCUGAGGUUACUAUAGACUUUUCAACAGCUGGUAUGCAGAGUUCAACUAAAGCACUUGGAAACAUAGCAUAUGGUCAGGAACUGCAGAAUACUGUAAUGGGGUUGGAGAUUACCCUCUUCACGAACAUCACACCAGAUUUUAGCCCACCAGUCAACCAGUAUGAUAGAUGGGUAUCAUAA